AUAACUGUCAAAAAGAAAACGGAUCGUUGUAAUCUCAAGAACGCUAAAAUUUAUAAAUUUAAUAAGUAUUCUAUGGAUUUAGAAUAAAUACAUGAGUUGUACUUAACCAUUUUAACGAUGUUUUGGAGCGGAAAUUAUAUUGUAGUUAGGGAGUUAAAUUUUCUUCUCAAAGAAGAGAACGUAACGUUGACGCAAGUGUUGGAGGCGGAUGACAUCCUGCAGGAAUGCAAGGCGGACAACAAAGCGCUCAUACAGUUCCUCACAAAGCCAGAAGUGCUGGCGGAGCUGAUAACCCUCAUAACGGAGGAACCUCCCAAGAAUGUAGAGCUUGCCUCACAGUACCGACAUGCCAACAUUGCAUGUGAGGUGCUCACCAGUCACCUGUCCAUGCUGAGUGAUCGGCUCUCCAUGGAUGCUACACAGAUGAACCGGCUCUGUGACUUCAUCAACAAGGACCCCCCACUCAACCCACUGCUGGCCUCAUAUUUUAGUAAAACUGACUGCUACCUGUACCACAUAGUGUGCCUGCGAGUGCUGGACUUCUUCAAGUCGCGGCGAGACUUCCUGCCCAACCUGCUCCGCCACAUGUGCACCUCCGCCAUUGCAGACACCUUCAAGUACUUCAUCAGACUCGAUGACCUCUUCAAGAAGUCUGUCAUGGAGUGGUUCGAGGAGCACCAGUUCCUGGAGUGCCUCAUACAGAUAGUCUGCGGGACGUACGUGGCGGAGGACCAGGCGCCCCUCGAGUCACACGAGAAGGCCGACCAUGAACCCAGCGAGAAGACUGAGGCUGCUGAGGAUCGCAAGCCUGAUACAGGGGCUGGUGAAAAACAAGAUUUUUCACGCGACGAAGAAGUGGUGAGCGGCGAGGAGUUAGUGAGGACGCGGCGGGCCGCCGUGGCGUCGGCCAACGCCGCCGCGCUGCUCUGUGACCUGCUGGCGGCCGCCGGCGGCGCGCCGGGCGCGGGCGGCGCGGGCGGCCCGGGCGGCCCGGGCGGCGCGGGCGCGGCGGCGGCCCUGGCGCGGGCGGCGGCGGCGCGCGGCCCGCGCGCGCUGCUGGCGGGCGGCUCGGGGCCGGGGUCCGUGGGCGCGGGGACGGGGUCCGUGGGCGCGGGGCCGGGGCCCGUGGGCGCGGGGCCGGGGCCCGUGGGCGCGGCGCGCGUGGCCGUGGCGGGGCUGCUGGCGGCGCUGGCGACGUCGGAGGUGGAGGAGGUGGCGAGCACGCUGCUGACGCUGGGCACGCCGGCGGUGCUGCUGGACAUGUUCUUCCAGUACCCCGCCAACAACUUCCUGCACGCGCACGUGUACACGCUGGUCAAGAACGCGCUCAACAACCGAGUGUACCGCACUCAGUACGCCAGACACUUGUUGGUGGAGUGCGACCUGCUGACGCGGCUCAUGGACGUCUUCGAGGAGAACCAGAACAAUAAACGCGGGCCGCGCGCCGCCUACAUGGGCCACGUGCUGCAGUGUCUCUGCGUCUGCGCGCGCGCCGCGCCCGACGGCCCGCCCGGCCCGCCCGGCCCGGCCCCCGCCGGCCCGGCCCCCGCCCCCGCCGCCCGGUGGGCCGCCUUCCUGGACGCCAGCCUGCGCCCGCUGCUGCAGCAGCUCGACACGCCGCUGGUACGUACACUGGUAAACUGGUGCACUGGUACACUGGUACACUGGUGCACUGGUACACUGGUACACUGGUACACUGGUGCACUGGUACACUGGUACACUGGUACACUGGUGCGCUGGUACACUGGUACACUGGUGCACUGGUACCCUGGUACACUGGUGCACUGGUGCACUGGUACACUGGUACACUGGUGCACUGGUACACUGGUACACUGGUACACUGGUACACUGGUGCACUGGUACACUGGUACACUGGUACACUGGUGCACUGGUACACUGGUACACUGGUACACUGGUGCACUGGUGCACUGGUACACUGGUACACUGGUGCACUGGUACACUGGUACACUGGUACACUGGUGCACUGGUACACUGGUACACUGGUGCACUGGUACCCUGGUACACUGGUGCACUGGUGCACUGGUACACUGGUACACUGGUGCACUGGUACACUGGUACACUGGUACACUGGUGCACUGGUACACUGGUACACUGGUACACUGGUGCACUGGUACACUGGUACACUGGUACACUGGUGCACUGGUGCACUGGUGCACUGGUACCCUGGUGCACUGGUACACUGGUGCACUGGGCGGCUACUACCCGUCGGAAAACAUCUACGAGGUGGAGAUCAUGGCGGACACAAUGGCGGCCAACUACGACUUCAGCGACAUGGUGUCGGCGGGCUCGCUGUACUUGCCGGACGACGCCAACGCUGACGAUGCCAAUGAUGUAUGUGGCGCUAUUGACUCGUCGGCUGAGUCUCCCGACUUCAUAGCGGACGGACUGGGCGUUGACGAUGCGGACAAGAUGAGGGCAGCUAAGAGCAAUUUCCUAGAGUUGGCCAACCAACGAUUUGAUGACGAUAUGUGGGACGAGCCGUGUUCGGCAGAGGGCGCAGAGGACGAGCACGACGAGCACGACGAGCACGACGAGCACGACGAACACGACGAGCAUGACGAGCACGACGAGCUGGAGCCGAGCACGCAGCACGACGUGCUCGACGUGCUGCGCCAACAGAACCCGUGGGCCGCGGCGCCCGGCCCGGCGGCGGCCGCGGCGCCGGCCGACGGCUGGGCGCAGUUCUCCGACGACAGCGACCCCUUCGCGCCGCAGCCCGCGCCCGCGCCCUCGCCCGCCGCGCCCUCGCCCGCCGCGCCCGCCGCGCCCGCGCCCGCCGCGCCCGACGACGACUUCUCGCCCUUCUGGUCCUAUACCGACACGCAUGCGCACGAGACGGGGCUGGAGCCCGGGCUGCGCGCGCUGGAGCUGGAGGGCCGGCAGGGCGCCGCCCCGCCGCGCAUGGACGAGGCCUGCAGCGUGGAGCUGGCCAACAACUUGCUGACGGCCAUGUCGGCCAUGUCCGCGGACGCCAUCGCCAACAUCGUCAACGCCAACCUGGAGCCGGCCGAGUCGCAGCCCCCGAGCUGAUCGCUCGCCCACCGCGUCCCCGGCCGCGCCCCCGCGCCCGGCCGCGCCCCCGCCCCCGGCGGCCGCGCCCCCGCGCCCGGCUCGUUGCGAUACUCUCCUCUAGAUCUAUUCACCUUCAAAUUCUCGUAACGUGCGACUCCGUAAAAGACUUGUGAUCGAUUCCUUUAUACCUGUCUAUAGGAAUUCGUUGUGAUUAUCAGUGAUGAACUACUCGUAAGGCUCGCCGGUGAUUACGAAAUUUGCAUUUAUAUAUAUAUAUAUCGAAUUCGAUGUGUCUUACAAGUAAGUUUUUAAUAUAAAUCAGGGAAGAAAUCAUACUUAAGUAUUUCCUAAUCAUAUACUUGUAAUCAUUACUAGUUUAAGUAAAGUAAUACAAAUAUCAUAAACUAUUAGUAUUGAACAAAUGACAUAGAGAUAGUCUGUCAGUCUGUCAGUCGGUGUCUCCCCACGCGCCUGGCACUGUCACGGUGUGGACGUAGCGUGAACAUAGUGUGGACACAUUGUGGACAUAGUGUGGACGUAGUGUGUACACAUUGUGGACAUAGUGUGUACACAUUGUGGACAUAGUGUGGACACAUUGUGGACAUAGUGUGGACAAAUUGUGGACAUAGUGUGGACAUAGUGUGGACACAUUGUGGACAUAGUGUGGACGUAGAGUGUACACAUUGUGAACAUAGUGUGGACACAUUGUGGACAUAGUGUGGACACAUUGUGGACACGUUGAGGGCCCCUAGUAUGGACAAAGGCUGCGAUCACAGUCGCAACAUGUAUAUUUGUAUAUAGUACAUGUAAUUUGGACAAUUAUCGAGCUUUACUCCGUGUAUUAAAUUGUUUGAUAUUGUAGCGAAUGUUACUGAGCCACUCCGCACUACGCCUGUUACUGCGUUCUGUCUCUGUUGUUGUAAUAUUCAAGGCUUGAUCUCAGUGCCGCCAGUGGCCAGUAGCCGGUGGCCAGUAGCCGGUGGCCAGUAGCCGGUGGCCAGUAGCCGGUGGCCAGUAGCCGGUGGCCAGUAGCCGGUGGCCAGUAGCCGGUGGCCAGUAGCCGGUGGCCAGUAGCCGGUGGCCAGUAGCCGGUGGCCAGUGGCCAGUAGGCAGGCGGCAGGCAGAAGGCGCAGGCGCAGCUUUCUGUUAGUCGCGCAGUCCCUCGCUCCGCGUACUUAUGUUGCCGUAUGUUCCCGGCGACGCCUGUAUAGCGCUAUGCUAGGUAGCUCCUAGUGCUGGCUACUAGCUACUAGCUAGCCGCAACGCGUUCGCUUCCCGCUUAGACAUAGUUUGUGAACAUAUCCUCUCGAUAUAUCAAUAGGUUAGUAUUGAUUGGUUUCGUUCCCAUCACGUGGACUGCAAGAAUGGGUUUAGUAUUACACAGCAUGUCUGGUCGGUGCCAAAUGUCGCGAAUACUUGUUUGAUUCCUGUUUAAAGCCAAAAUGUGACUCGGGAUGCGCAAUAUAGUAAAUAUAAUGUUGUUUUGUUGAAUAAAUUAGUAUUGUGUAUAGCAUACAUUAAAUGAACCCCCCCCACACGUUGUGUACUGUGUAGUGUAUACAAUCCCUAGGAGGUACACACGUAAUGUUUUAAUAUAAUAUGUUGUCUAAACACUUGUACCACUAUUCACAAAUAUACAUUGCCUAGGUAUUGGAUACAUCACCUGUAGUAUGCAUAGUACCAGUAACAUGAGUACUACCAGAAGCAUGUACUGGGCUGUGUGUCAGCUAGUAGUAGUAUAGUGACGUGGGUCGUGGGGCGGGUCUGACUUAGCGAAUGUUAACAAUUGGUGCAAUAUAAUUGUUUGCAAGGAAUAUUUAUCAAUUGCCACACUAAUGUACACCUUAUAGCAAGUUGUUUUGAAUCUAAAUUGGAUUGAUUAUGUAACUUUGUUGUUUGACGAGUGAAGGCAGUGUGGCUGUGUAGUAAGUUGUGAACAUUUCAAUGUACCGCAGACAUAUUGAAGUCCAUAUCGUAUAGUCUACAGUUAGCUCACUACUCAUUCCCGGCCGCGGUACUUGUACACACGGACUGUCUGUGUGUGUGUAUGUUUGUAUGUAUGUAUGUAUGGUUGUUUGUUUGUUUGUUGUAUCUCACGGAGUACUGUAGUGUUAGCAUGGGACGCUGUGAACGUAACAUUGUAUUAGUGCAAUUAGUUGCCUUUGGGUCUUGUUGUCAAAUUUUAUAUUUAACUAAAUGUAAGCGUGUAGGUAAUGUUGUUGAUUUCGUAUCGUAGUCCCGGUACAUACACACGCGUGUCAAUACUGCGACACUCGACGUCCCGUAGCCCCGCGCCCCCUGCCGGACAGUAGCGUCACGCAGCUGUCACUUGUACGGCGAGUGUACAAGUUGGUUGGUUUUAGAUAAUUUACAAAAUAUAAUACAAAAGUAACUUUUGGAUAAAUUAGUCAAGUUUCUUAGUGAAAUAUACACAUUAGUGUUUUGUAUUGGGCGAGUGUGAUAACAUAUUGUGAUCGUUACGACUGCAUGUCUCGGUUCGCUUGCUCGAACACUUUGGACGACUUAUACAAUGUACAGGACUUUGUGAUAAUGUGUACGUUUUGGAUUUCUACUUCAGCUAACCGCGACCGUCCUCCAUGUUCUGCUUACUAGUCUACGCUUUGUACACAAGUUGUAUCUGUCGGCUGUAGCCAACGUUGUACCUCCAUCGUUGGUACCGUGGCCGCCCGUACGGUGGCCGCCGCGUACUCCCACUCACCUCGACAAAUGCUAUCCGCUGUUUCUCACAGAAUUUGUAAGGUAAAGUGAUUGUAACUUUCGAUUCCAUAAUUAGUAUGUUGUCUUUGAAAGCACUGCAAGUUGUGAUGACGUCUCGUGCAAUGUGCAUGUACAUAGUUCGUCGCGAUGUGAGACAGCUGUAGUGCCGUUCCAAACGAGAAUCGUGCCUUCCGGGCGACAGCGCCGCGCCCGACACGCCCGAGACAUAAUAAAUGCUCGUAUGUAUUCUAUUGUAUUUAUAUCAUAGUUAAAGUUUUAUUAAAAAAAGUUGCUCAAUAUAACUUGUUUUAUUGCGGCAGAUAUCCAAACAACACCAUACUUACGACACGACCUGUCCUGUUCCCGUCAUCCACUUUGUUAGUGAACCGAAGGUAUCGAUUAACCUACGAAAUUGCCGUUCUGUCUGCAGCUUUCCAAAAAAAAAAGGAAUUUUUGUUUGGCUUUUCAAAUUAAUUUUAUUAUAAUCAUAGAAUUAUAUUCCUAAACUAGUGUAUUUGUUUAUUAAUGUGUUACAUUUUUUUUAUAAAGAAACGUUGCCCCACACUAGGAUUAUCUAGGUGCGUUUACAAACAUACAAGUUCACAUACACAUGACACCCAGACCCGAAACAACAAUUUGUGGAACACACAAAGUGUUGUUCCGUGCGGGAAUCGAACCCGCGACACGUUGCACGGCAGCCGGUUGCCCAGCCACCGCACCAACCGUGCAAUCCACAAUGGCGGCGAAAACAGUUUUUUAUAAUAAUCUUUUUCUGAAUUUUAAGAAAAAAAAAAUUCUUAUAAUUUGUCUCUGAGCAAAGAACAUUUUUAUGAGCAUUCUUGGAUUUUUUUAUAGUGUAGUCUUAUGUAGGUAUAUUGCUCAUGUGAUUGUGGUACAGACUUCAGGAACUUGCCGUAAUCUUCGGCCGUUAGCUGUUUUUGAUGAACCGCACACAGAAGAUUUCGACUUGGGCACCCAGCGAUAUGUCGUAGUCGUUUUAUUUGUCGAAUUAUUGUAAUGCACUUCUGCAGAUUCAUUACAAGCAUUUUCGUUUACAAAUAACGUCUACGACAUAUCGAUGGGUGCCCAAGACGAAAUCUGGAGCUGUAAUUCUGGAGCACUGUUCGGAUUUUUUUUUAUUAACUUAUUUAAUUUUUGUUGAAUAUGAUAUAUAUAUAUUAAUAUUAUUUUUAGUUUUUUCAGUUUGUGAGGGUGCUUUAGGGUUAUCUAUUUUAGUAUCUAUAAUAACGUAAGCAAAAAUACAGACGAAAAAUAAAUAAUUGUAGUAACAAGAGUCAAAAGACUGGCACAGGGUGUACUUUUUGUGGUAAACACAUGAGUCAUUGUAAUUUAAAAACUGUUGGAACUUUCUGAAUACCUUGUGUCAUUUGAUCGCCGACUUCAGGGGCACCUGUAUAGUAAUAUUGUUGGUUAAGGAGCCGUCUCCUCUGGUUCGGUGAAGGCGGGAUGAGUAGACAAGAUAUCGUCACAGCUUUAAGGCUCCGAUCUGGACACAUGCCUCUUAAUAGUUUCGGAUUCAUGAUGCAUAAAGUCGAAUCACCAAAUUGUGCUGUAUGUGAUGUUGUAGAGGAUGUGCAACACAUUUUGUAGGAAUGUUGACGUAUUGAGUCUCAGAGGAAUCAGGUUUUUAGUUUUAAGAGCCUUAAUAUUGGUUUUUAUAACAGUGUUUUAGCGUCACCAUUGUCAUCUGACGCUAGAAAAUUGUAUAGUUUAAUUAAUUUGUGUUUGAGCUUAAGGGAUAGUUAAACCUACAAAAGGUUUAGCUGCUUUAUUUUUUUAUUGAAUUUUGUAUCCUAUAAUAGGGCUGACAUUUUCCUCUACGGAAAAAAGCCCUUCUUAUUAAAUAAAGAUUUUUUUCAAAAAAAGGAGCCGUUCAGCUAUUAGAGGUACCAGUCCAGCAGGACCGGACUCUGUUAUUUUUAAGUAUUUCUAAUUAGGAAUUUCUACUGUUUAUAUGCAGGUAUUGAAAUAAUAUGUAGUUAGUAACUUUAGUAGUAGUAGAGCUUUACUCAGUACUCGUAUCUACGUGAGCAAUCCCUCAAGAUAGUAGUUACUCCAGAUUUGUAGUUGACUGCGGAAACAAGCCUGCAAACAAUUUCUGUAAGUAAUAAAACAACUCGAUACUUUGAUAUAAUUUUAUUUUCAUAUUUUAUAAUUUAUUUAUAUAUAAUGACUAUAAUAAUCAUCUACCAAACUAAAUAAUCAAUAUAAUUCAACAGCAUCCAUUAUAUACAAUAUGUAUAGUUUUAUACUUGUUUAUGACCCUCGUUUCUGAACGAUCAGACAAGAGACACUCGUCCUCUGAUCAUACAAAAUCAUAUUGAAAUGAACUCUACACGUCGUCGUUACAUAACAAGUAAUAAUUUGCCACAAGAUUUUUGUUUCUUUUAUUAUUUAUUUACAAAUACUUAUAUUUAUAUUUUAGUCCCAUAAUUUCCAAAUGAAUCGUCAGCGUGUGUAAUGGAACCGUGGCGCGCCAGCAGCGCUAGUCGCGUUACGCAGACUGCCGACUACAUGCAACGAACUUCCUCUACCAGUAACAAGUAAUAGAAUUGAGAAACUUAACUUGUCAUUUACAUGUAAAUAGUAAUAAUAUUGCACGGAGCAUGAGGUACAUGGCGACACGAGGCGACACGAGGCGACACGAGUGACACGAGGUGACGUCACGAGGACUAGACGCGCAUGGCGGGCGCCGUCUGCCCGCAGCCGCGCCACUGUACGGGGCUGCGGACACACGGCUCAUAAUAAUAUUCAUUACAUUCAAAUCAAUUUUACUGUAUCAACAAUGAAACUUGGUUUCAAUAUUUAUAUUUCUAUGAUAAAAAUAAAUUCUAUUAGCGAGCAUUGUAUGUAUAGAACUGUCGGCUAGACAUUCGUCCUAGAGACUGAUCAUUCCUAUGCAGUGUUACAUGACGCAGAGAAAUAAUACUUCCGUUCUUACAAUAUUUAUGAAUAUAUAUCAUAUUUAAAGGUAAGUAGAAAACGUGGAAAGCAGCAUCUCAAAACUAUAUGAUCUUACCAUAAAGUCAGAUAAGGUGAUAUAUAGGUACCACUGAUAUGCCAUUCGAAUACAAUGCGGCGGCGGCGGCGCCAUGCCGGCGUGGGUCCGCUUAACCGAAAUAAGAGUACGUUAAUUACGCUUUAGCUAUUUAGUCUGAUUGAGCCAUAAAAUUCUGUAAAAUUUAAUAUGAAAAUAUUCCUUGAAUAAAAUUCGUCCGAGACGACUACGUAACAAAAUAAUUUGGUUAAAACAGUGAUACAGGAAUACAGUACAGGUGAUACAGUUCCAAUACAGGAACAGCGCGUGACGAGCACGUCCGCCCUACAUCAACUCAUUACGCGAUUACUAUUCAUUUUGUAUUCAUUACGUUAUCCAUUAAUUAUACCAGGAUGAACAAUAGAAGAGUACACAGUUUGGCAUCCGACAUCAUCCGUACAUGGAGUAUAUCUGCAAAUAAAACUAAUUACAAGGUGAACUAGCACAGCUAAGGGCUACUAUGUUGAAGCUAAGUAAGUAAGGAAGGCCAUCGACUGAGACACGCGGGUACAGUCGCGGCGCGCGCCAUGUAGUGGCACAGACAGGACAGAUUAUUGCCGCGAUACACCGAUACAUUACUACUCGACUUACAGCGCCGACUGACUGGACCACUGCCACGUGGCACGCGGGCCCAGUCCCUCGCCGCUCACUUAUACAAUACCGGCGAUAUACAACGUAGCUUUAUAUUACUAUUAAUUUAUACAUGAUAGUUAUCGCUUUUUUACUCUGUAUAAUUUUAGCUAGCAACACCGAUACGACACCGAUUGGUCUGGUUCCUGCGGGCUGGCGGCAGCGACAGCCCGCAGUAUUGCUAUAACGCGACGUACUCUGAUACAACAUACGACAAGUGCUACAGGCAGCAAGGAGACGAGGCGCUCGCGACAACUUGCGGCGCGGCGACACGUGGGUCGAACUGAAACGAAACUACGCGUCUGCUGUCAAAGUAAUCUCCAGUGAGAAGUAACAAAAAUUAUUGUCAUCCAAUGCUUAAACUUCCAAUCUUUAUAAUUUAUUAUUUUCUUUAUAUUAUUUUACCUACUUUAUACAGAUCAACAUCGUCGACUAUCCUUACACAUUACACUUUAUUGUAUCUAUAAAUGUACACCUACGUGUAUGUAAUAGCAACAUUGAAUUAAUCUCCUGUAGCCGAGAGCUGGCAGCACUAGUCUCGCAGUCGCGACGUUAUUGUAUAGUUAUAUAACGAAUGGUCGGUCGUAGCUUGCUGCAGGGGACGCAGGGAGCAGGGCGACAUGCUGCAGCUACCGGCGGGACACUACUGUAUUACUUGUAUAAAAAGAGUUUUAAGUAAAUUAGUAUUUAUGAAUGGUUUCGAUUUAUUUACAUUAUCACAUCGCUCGACCGAAUGCGGAGCGAGCCGGCCGGGGCGUCGCGUACACACUCCGACAUCGAGCGGAGUCGGGGACUUCGCGGAGUAGUUUGUGCGUUCGACGAGACCGCGCGCCGGGAGCCAGGCUGCGGGACUGAAGCGAUCGUCGCGCUAUUACAAUAUCAGAAUAAAGCACUCUGUGGCAUUCAACGACAGCCAGAACCCCUCGCGGAGUCGAGCCCGCGGUCGGCCCGGCCCCGGGGCGCGGCCGCCUCACAGCUGGUACCACUUCUUGUCCUUGUACUUGAGCAUGAGCUGGUGCGCGGACGACGAGAACUCGGCCGCCUGGUUGUGCAUGCGCUCCGUGCGGUCCUCCAGCUGGGACAGCUUGUCGCCGCGCUCCAGCACGAGCUGGUGCGCGCGCGCCACGUCGGCGGCGGCGGAGCCCGCGCGCGCGCCCAGCGCGUCCAGCGGCGCGGCGCCGCCCGGGAUGUGCUUGGCCACCGUGCGCAGGGGCUUGCCGCUGCUCUCGCCGACUGCAACCAGCCACCACGUUACACACGAGGCUUGUGUUAUAUCUAGUCAUAGCUCGUUGUGGAUACUGACAUAGUUCCUCCCGGUCGAGAGGCCUGGCGCCGCCGCCGAACAGUCCCCGGAAGAAGCUCUCCUUGGGCGGCUCGGGCAUGUCGCGCGGCAGGAACAGCUCGCCGAUCAUCUCGUUCAGCUGCUGACUGUAACAUGAGGACAGGACGUGACGUCACCACGCGUCUCCAUACGGAGCAAGGCCUGCUGGGCCGGUGGCCGAGUAUAUACUGACCAGAACUCGGCGUCAAUGGUGAACUUCUGUACUUCUGUAGGGGACGCUAGAUACAGGCCGUGACCCCUGUUGCUGAAGCAGAAAGUCUUCGCGAUCCUGCAAUACCACACACGAGGAACGUUUUACAAGAGGAGUCGCGAGGUACAGGCUGGCGUUUGUAUGUUGCGUAUAUAUUGUUCAUAGUCCAAGAAGAAAGAGAAGGUAGACUCAUAGACCAAGAGCGAAGUUGUUAAAGUGGGGGAAAGAUGUCUAUCAAUUGAAACGUCUCACCUGAUGUAUCCUUGCGUUCCACGGUCGGGAGUCUAUUGGACAAACUUUAUUCUAACAUAUAAGCGUAACUAUGGAGUUCUAUCGCGACUACUCUAUGACAGGAUCGACAUUGAAAUGAAAAAUAUAACAUCCAAUAGCGAGCAUGCUGCAAGCGAAGAACGAGUAAGAACAACACGAAACAGAGCAGAGUAGCAGCCCAGCCAGGAAGUAGGAGACUAGGAGAGGUCUCAGAGAGUGAGUGUGAGGGUGAGUGCGUGUCACUGUACACGAGUGUGUGUGUGUGUGUCGGGACAGGGCCGGACCAGCACUAGGGAAGCACACGUGCAGGGCAGCUCCGGGGGCAAAUCAUUUGGUACCGCGCGGCGCGGCGCUACGCCGGCCUCGUACGACAUAACUUGCGAUGUCACUCGUAUACGACAAGGUGUGUCGCCAUGUAACAGAUAAUUUUGCUUUGAGUCAUGUUUUACAUCUAUCGCCAAUUUUGGUAGUCGUAGUAAUUCCGUAGCGCGCAAUGAUUUGCCCGUGGCCGAGCGGAACAUCAAUGAUAGAGAACAGGCGAGGUCGGGGCGGGCAACUAUGGGCUCGGGGAUGAGGGGACGAAGCAACUGUCAACGUUACAUGAAUAUGUCUAGUAGGCAACAGAGGCCGGAGUGAGCGACUCCACAUGACAAGUGACGGUACGUGGCUAACGCAUGUCAUCUGCAUGGACGGCGACUUACUGGUCGGUGUCCUCGUUAACAAUGAGCUGCUGGCCCCAUAUGGACAGCAUUGGGUCUACGAUACCCCUCUGUUUGGACUGUGUCUGGAAGCUACCAGGAACACAGACAGCAGUGAGCGCGUGAUCGCCGGCGCGUCCCGCCCUUGUGUGGCGCCCCCGGCCUGGCGCCCGCCGGGGCCCGCGGGGCCAGGGCGCCAGGCCGGGGGCGCCAACACUGGGCUCUCACAAAGGCGAGGCACGCGCACGUUAGUAAUCCAUCAUUGUUCUAAGGGUGAGAAGUUAGAUGUAAGAGAUGCAGGGCAGUACACACUAUCGUAACAUGGUCGGAGGGCUAGCGCGGGGCGUGUCGGUGGCAUUCCGUGGCGUAGUGUCGGGUAACCGGUGUGUAUGUACAUCCACAGACAUUUGCAGCACCAAAUAAACAGUUGAGUUGUUAGAAAGUGAUACGGUGUUUUCUCAUAAAGUCGCCAGAGCGGCGCAUUGUAUAGAACGUGUAUUGUGUUAGAGCCUUCGAUCGGUUACUUUUUAACUGAAAAAUAGAAGAGUGCCAAAUAUCGGAAGCACAGGUGGUGCUCGACAGACUGCAAAAUUUUGUCUAGUUCUAGUAGCCGCGAGCUCGAUGCGUCGUGUCUCAUGUAUAAGAUGACACCGUCGCUUGUUUGGCGCAGACCCGCGUCGCUUGCGGGGCGCGGCUGGGGUCAGCCGGAGUCGGCCGGGGUCGGCCGGGGGCCGCGUGCGGUGUCUUGCGCCAAACAAGGCUACGUUUCUAACAUCGAUCGUUACUGUACAGGAAGUCUGUCGUUAGGCUCCCAAAUGAUAAAAUAGCGAAUGAUCGGUAUAGCUAAAACCUUAUGACCAAUAUAAUGAAUGCGAUAACCGUAAACAUGAAAUAUCUCCUGUAGCCCAAGUAGCAUUCAACAUGAUAAAACUGCGAAGCUAAUGAUAAAAGGUAAGUACUAUAUUAUAAAACAAGCCGUUUAUCAUUUAGUGCCUUCUUUUGGUGCAUAGAAAUUGUCUAAUAGUGAUCUGUGUGGCGCCGGUCAGUCAUUCGGAGAGUGCGACUCGGGCGCGGGGUCGUACGGCGCCACGUGCCGUCCCGGGACCGGGCCGGGACGUGGCACCGCCCGACCGGGCCGGAAUGGGCCAGCCUAGGCCGGAUUACGUUGAACUGGCGAGCACGUACCCGAGCUCUGACAGCGGCAAGAAGUCUACGUCGACCAGCGGCCGCAGAGACGGCAGGCUGUAUGCCACCAGGUGGCCCGUCGACAAGUAGUUCACCAAGCAUACACUGUCUGUAAGCGAUACCUUCAUCGUUAUUAUCUGAAUUAAUAUAGCUUUGUUGCCGGUAAAUUUCAUUAUUAAUGUUGAAUGCACCUUUCAAGCUAACAAUCUCGGCCUUGACGACGAAGUCAGUCUCUACGAUCUGUUGCCUGUAGACACAGUUCUGGCUGGGCAGCGCCACGACGCGCGCCUGCUUCUCGGAGGCCACGACGACGAACUGUCGGUCGCCGGCCAGGUCCGCGCCCGGCGUGGGGCUCAUGCGGCUCCCACUGCUGGACGAGCUCUGCUUCGUGGGCGUGCGCUCGCGCCGGUCUCGCACCUACAACAUGUGUCUGGGGUAAAUACGGAUAGUGACAAGUUAAAAAC